AUGCGAGCCUCUCUCCUCUGCCUCGCCUUGUUGCCUUUGGCCCUCGCCUCGCCCGUGGCUCGGCACGCAGGCGCCAACAUCAGCGCGCUGGCGCUCCACGCUCCCAGCCAGGGCACGGCACCCGAACAUGGCGCCCGCGGCUCGCACGGCGCCGUGGCGUCGGAGGUGGAUGUGUGCUCCAACGUCGGCGUCGACAUGCUGGCCCUUGGCGGCAGUGCAGCUGAUGCCAUCAUCGCAGCCUCUCUCUGCGUCGGCGUCAUCGGCGCCUUUCACUCGGGCCUGGGCGGCGGAGGCUUUGCCUUGGUGCGCACCGCCUUCAACAAGUAUGAGAGCUACGACUUUCGCGAGACGAUGCCGGCGCUCGGCAACGCUACGAUGUACGGAGACACUAACAAGUCUAGCACCGUCGGUGGACUCUCCGUCGGCGUGCCCGGCGAAGUACGAGCCUGGCAGUUGCUGCACGCCGAGCACGGGCGUCUGCCAUGGGCGAAGCUGUUCGAGCCUGCCAUCUCCAUUGCCCGCAACGGCUUCAAGGUGCCCAACCAGCUCGCCAUCGCCAUUGCCCAGUAUACGUCCGGCGCAAACGCCUUCAUCUGCACGUCGGACAUCUGGAAGGAUCGCUACUGCCCCAAUGGCG